CCCCAGUACGCCUAGGCUCUGUCUCCUCCCCUCUCCGCCCAUGCGGGGCUCGCAGGGCGAGCCAACUCUUCGUACUUUGCCCCGGUUGGCAGCGAAUAAAAGGGGUCUGAGGAAAUACGGGCUACGGUCUCCCGCUGCCAGCUCUAGCCUUUAAAUCCCCAGCGUGGAGAGAUCUACGCACAGCGGGUCGGAUCCGAACACCGAUCCAGCGCACACAGCGCCAGAAGGGUUCCGAGCGCAGCGCCGCCCAUCGUCGCGCAAAAGCGGGCUCGGCUACCGAAGUCUCCCAGCUGUUGGGGCUGUCCCGAACUCCACUCCACAGUCAGCCCAGAGAAAGUGACCCCAGCAUCAGAAAGUCCAGAUGCCGGCCCACUUGCUGCAAGAGGAGAUCUCUAGCUCCUACACAACCACCACCACCAUCACAGCGCCUCCUUCCAGGAUCCUGCAGAAUGGAGAAGGCAAGUUGGAGAAGACUCUCCUACACUUGGAAGAAGACAUCCGCCCUGAACUUAAAGAUGACAUUUAUGACCCAAGCUACAAGGAUAAGGAGGGCCCAAGGCCCAAGCUUGAAUAUGUUUGGAGGAACAUCAUCCUUAUGUUUCUGGUACACUUGGGAGGCCUGUAUGGGAUCCUAUUGAUCCCCACCUGCCGGGUCUACACCUGGCUCUGGGGGGUUUUCUGCUAUGGGUUCAGUGCCCUGGGCAUAACCGCAGGAGCCCAUCGCCUGUGGAGUCAUCGAAGUUACAAAGCUCGGCUGCCCCUACGGCUCUUCCUGAUCAUUGGCAACACGAUGGCAUUCCAGAAUGAUGUUUAUGAAUGGUCCCGAGAUCACCGUGUCCACCACAAGUUUUCAGAAACAGAUGCUGAUCCCCACAAUGCCCGACGUGGCUUUUUCUUCUCUCAUGUGGGUUGGCUGCUUGUGCGCAAACACCCAGACGUCAAAGAGAAGGGUGGUUUGCUAGAUUUGUCUGACCUAAAAGCCGAGAAGCUGUUGAUGUUCCAGAGGAGGUAUUACAAGCCUGCCAUCUUGCUGUUAUGCUUCAUCCUGCCCACACUUGUGCCCUGGUAUUUCUGGGGUGAAACAUUUCAACACAGCUUGUACGUCGCCACUUUCUUGCGUUAUAUCUUAGUGCUCAAUGCUACCUGGCUGGUGAACAGUGCAGCCCACCUUUACGGAUAUCGCCCUUAUGACAAGACCAUUAACCCUCGAGAGAAUAUCUUGGUUUCACUGGGAGCUGUGGGUGAGGGCUUCCACAAUUACCACCACACUUUUCCCUAUGACUACUCCACCAGUGAAUAUCGCUGGCACUUAAACCUGACCACAUUGUUCAUCGAUUGCAUGGCUGCCAUCGGUCUGGCUUAUGACCGGAAGAAGGUAUCCAAGGCGGCCGUCUUGGCUAGGGUUAAAAGAACUGGAGAUGGAAGCUACAAGAGUGGUUGAGUUUUGGGUCUCUCGGGUUCCUUUUCCAAAAGCCAGCCAGGCAGAGGUUUAAUGCUCUUUUUAUUAACUACUGAAUAAUGCUAAAAGGAUGCUAAAGAUAAUGAUGUUAACCCAUUCCAGUACAGUAUUCUUUUAAAAUGCAAAAGUAUUGAAAGCCAACAACUCUGCCUUCAUGAUGCUAAGCUAAUAUUCUUAUUUUUUUUCUUCUCUGUCUUCUAGACCCAUUGCCCUUUGCUUUGUUCCUACCACCUUCCUUUCUCUUCCCCCUCAUUGCCUCCCAGGCAAGCAGCUGGUGAGUCAUUGGUGGGUGUUCAGCUUCUGAAGCCUAGACAACCUUUCUGUCAUCCAAAACUAGUGGUUUUUACCCUAGAUAACUCUUUCCUUGAGCUGUCCUGAGCUUCAAGGUAGGUGGCUCAAGCUAGAGCUGGGAAAUCAUCUGUUAAUUAUCUUCAGUCCAGGCAUUUGCUAGCUGGAAUGGAAAAGUGUGUUUGGCAUGAAGCUUCUAAAGCAGGUAAAUUGUCAGAGGAGAGAGUUAGCAUGCAUGGUAUGAUCGAUCAGUAAGGAUGGAAUAAGGUGGGAAACAAAGCAAGAAGCAGCUUCUGCUGCAAUCAGACAUCUUUCAUCUUUCUGUUCUGCCAUUUCACCAUCAGGAUAUUGGUCAGCUCCCCUUGUAGUAAUAAAGUGGUGGCAGCAUUUCCAGACAUCCAAAAAA